UCAGCUGACAUUCAUUGACAUUCUUGAACAAUUUUCACAACACUUGUAAUUGAAAAAAAGAUAAUUUUUAAAAAAUAACUUAAAAAAAACACUAAUGUGUACUUACUAUAGGGCGUAAAACCAAAACAGCUCCAACCAAAUUAGGCAUCAACCAUGAUCAAAGCCAUUCUAGUAUUCAAUAACCAUGGAAAACCCCGAUUAUCAAAAUUUUAUCAGCAUUUUCCUGAAGAUAUGCAACAACAAAUAAUAAAAGAAACCUUUCAGUUAGUAUCAAAACGGGAUGAUAAUGUGUGCAAUUUUUUGGAGGGCGGAAGCUUAAUAGGUGGCAGUGACUAUAAAUUAAUCUACAGGCACUAUGCCACACUAUACUUUGUGUUUUGUGUGGAUUCAUCCGAGAGUGAAUUAGGAAUUUUAGACCUUAUACAGGUAUUUGUUGAAACCUUGGACAAAUGCUUCGAAAACGUUUGUGAACUUGACCUAAUUUUUCAUGUUGACAAGGUACAUUUUAUCUUAAAUGAGUUAGUUAUGGGCGGAAUGGUUUUAGAAACAAAUAUGAAUGAGAUCCUUGCUAGGAUAGAGGAUCAAAAUAAGUUGGAGAAGCAAGAGGUUGGUUUCUUAACUACAGCGGGUAUAUCAGCUGCCCCAGCUAGGGCCGUAUCAGCAGUGAAAAACAUGAACAUUCCCCAGCAAAUCAAGGACAUUAAACUGCCCGAUCUGCCGCAGGCCAUUAAGGACCUCAAAUUCUGACCGCCAAUUGGGAACCAGUUUCAUAAUAUCGAUGUAUCAUCGUCAGAGCACCUCACCACGCCCGACUCUAGGUUCCUUUUAGAAGAUCCAUCCUCACCAAGAUAUACAUAACAUCAACUGUUUAGAUAUAAGUAUAUAUUAACGUAUAUGGAGAUAUACAUAUUUAAUUGAGAUAAUAUUGUUAUGUCUGUAAGUGUAAUAAAUUAAAAAGAUCUUUUUUUAUUUA